UGCGUACAUUUACGUUUGAGCUCAACCUCAACUGUGCUAGUGACUCUUUCAGGUACUUCUAUUGAUUUCAUUUUAUUUUCUUAUUUUCUGCACAUUCUUCCGUGCAUUGAAUCCCUGCGCUUCCAAGGUGAUCCCAUGAACUGACCAGACAAGACAGUGGAUUUCAGACCGUGAAAGUGAAGGCCAUCAAGUAAAAGAAAUCAAAGCCAAAGAACCAAUUUUCUUUUGAGGAAAAAAAAAAAAAAAGAAAAGAAAAGAAAAGAACACACCAUGUCCCAAAUCAGCCGAACCUACGGUGCUUCGAGUGUUGCUGAGCUAAAAGCCAUCUACGACGAUUGGGCCACCUCGUACGACAAGGAGCUCGCCGAAGACGGCCAAAAGUAUGUCGCCCCGGCCAUUGCGAGUGCCUACGUCCUGAAUACCCUCGGUGUGAACCGGGUAAGCGACGACAUCGAAAUCCUGGACGCCGGCUGCGGCACCGGCCUCGUCGGCAUCGAGCUCGCGAAAGUCGGCGCCAAGAAGAUCGACGGCGUCGACCUGAGCCCUGGUAUGCUCGACGUGGCCCGGGCUACCGGCGCCUACCGAACCCUCGAGACGGUCGACCUCUCGCAGGCUCUCCCUCGGAGGGAAGCAUCCUACGACGUUGUCAUGUGUGUCGGUACCAUGACGCAGGGGCACGUCGGCCCAAACGCCCUCGACGAGUUUAUCAGGGUGUUGAAGAAAGGGGGCUUCCUCGUGGCCACGAUUCUUGGGUAUAUCUGGGAGACUGACGGCUAUAAGGCUCGGGUUCAGGAACUUGUUGGCGCUGGGAAAGCCACCUUCAUAAGCGCCGACUUGGAGGACUACAGGAGAGGAGCGAAUGUUCAAGCUCGUAUGUUGGUCUUGCAAGCUAAUUAG